AUACAUUUGAACAAACGUUAACUAAUGCAAAACACACGUUAGUUAACAUUGUACGCAUACAGUUCUUGUACGGUUAAUGAGAAUAGUCAGUCCAAGUCGUUUUCACACAUACGAAAAUGUAAUUUAACGGAAUACUAGUUGUAGUCUAAGUGAGUCUAUGGGUGUGCAACCAGUUCCUUCUUGUUUGUAUUUGAAAACAGAGGGAUGUGUAGAUUUAACCAUAAAGUUACCUCCAUUGGUGUGAUUGGGAAUGCAGUCCUCACAAACUAAAAAUUCAGUUUCCUAACUAGUUGUUUAAAUUAUACAAUUACAAUGAAAAUUUGAACAUGUUGUGUCAUAAAAUACAUCAACUUUUAUUGUUUUUCUGUAUUACACCAUUACUAAUCAUACCGGAAAAAAAAAAAUUAAUCAUACCGAAGAGACAUGAGAAAUACGAGGGUGGUUUGACAAGUUCUUGGAACGGAAUAGAAAAAAAACUAAUUACAUCACUGAAACUUUUUUUAUUUGUCAAUGUAGUGUCCUUGUAGGUUAAUGCACUUGGUCCAACGAUGUUCUAGUGGCUUGGUCCCACCUCGGAAAUGAGUUUCCUCCAGGCCUGCAAAAUAGUUGUCUACUCCGGCUAUCAAUUCUUCGUUUGAAGUGAAUCUUCAUCCACCAAGAAAAAUUUUCAGUUUUUGAACGAGAUGGAAGUCCGACAGCCAUAUCGGGUGAAUAAGAACUGUGACUGUCUUAUGGUCACCGCACUUAUGAUAACAGAGGAAAGUAACUCACAGAAUGGCGGCUGCUAAAUGGCCUGUUGAAUUUCCUGGAAUAGAGCAGCUUGACAGGCUCCUUCGGUGUGGAAUAUGCUAUGAAUAUUUCAGUACAGCAUUGAUGACGGGGUGUUCUCACAACUAUUGUUCAUUAUGCAUCAGAAAAUCUCUUGGGUACAGAACAGAAUGUCCAACAUGUAUGAAGGAAACAUUCGAGUCUCAUCUUCGAAGCAAUAGAAUAUUGGAUGACAUUGUCACUUUGUAUGUUGGGUUUAAAGGUAAACUCUUGCCAAUGCUGGUACAUAAGCAUAACACAUUGACAUUGAAUGAAGUGCCAUUUACUUCAGCAGACGAUGCAGAUGAUAAGCUUGCAAAUAGUAAGCAACAAAUAAAAUGUAUUCCAAGUGAGCGGGAAGCUACAAUAAUAUCUGAAGAGAAACGUAACUGUGAACUAUUUAAUAGAGAAAUUAUAUCAAACCCAAAUGUGAAAGAAAUAUCAGAUAAUGACCUAAGAAAGGUUGUAACUCCACAAAAAAUCAUCUUCCCCUCUCAGCUGGCUGUAGGGAGACCAUCAACUUCAAAAUCAUCCAUCAAAAUACCAGCCAUGUUUACCAGCCCCAAGAAAAGUGUACAAAAUAUAGAGCCAGCCUUAAAAAAAGUUACUUGUCCAGUAUGCAAUGUUGACAUCCCAGAAAAGAAUAUAAAUUUCCAUUUGGAUAACUGCUUGAAGCGAGAAGAAGACCAAGUGAAGAUCAGGGAACAACAACAUGAAACUCGGAAGCUACUGAAAAAACCAGUAUUCAGUUUAUUGAAGCAGGCUGACUUGAAAAAGAAAUUGAAAGAGCAUGGAUUAAAUUAUACUGGAAGUCGAGAAACACUUAUUAAAAGAUUUGAAAGGUUUAUCUUGUUGUAUAAUACUGAGUGUGAUUCACUGAAACCACGGCCAGUGGCAGAUAUCAUAAGACAACUAGAACAAGAAGAACAGGAGGAAAAGAAAAUACCAGCUCCACAAAAGAUACUUACAUUUCCAAAAAAUAACGAGAAAUCUGAUGAUAUACGCAGAGAAUAUUUGAAAAAGAACAAAUCAAGUUUUGAAAACUUAAUACAGAUGGCAAAGCAGCGACUGCAACAAGAAAAGCCGGCACAGCUUACAUCCAGUUCUAACACUGUGAAAGUAUUGGAGGAUGGUGAUCAGGACAGUUUUGGUAACAAUGUCAAGAGAAUGGAGAGUGGUCAAAACAUUCUUCCUAGUAAUGAUGGUGAGAGUAGCAGUACCUCAAGUAUAACAAAUGAAGUGGACAUAAAGAAUAGUUCCAAGAAGUGCUCUAGGAAGCUUCAAUACUCAGAUGAUGAUGACGAUCCUGAAGAGGGUGUCCAAGUUAACUGGAAUUUUCCUUCUACAUCUUUGAUGAAUCAAGCAAGCCAUUCAGCUGAUCAUGCUGCCAAAAAUACGUGUAAUUUGGUCGGUGACAAUGUGCCUGUCAGUGGAACACCUUACUCAUCAACUGUAAAAACACCACCGCAAUAUGUGAGAAACAGUGAUAUAAAAGAUAGUAGGAAUGACAGUAAUACAGCAAAUGUACAAGCCUCACCUGUGUUUGCAUCACGAUCAUCAGUAAAAAGAGUUAGAAGUGAUUAUUCAGAAGUUAAAGCAUCACCAGAAAUGUUUGUAGAGGAAAUUCAAGAGAGCUGCACUCUGAGAAAUGGUAAUGCCAGUGAUGCUGAGAGUGAGAAAAGUAUCAGCUUGUUAGAAUAUGAUGAAGGUGGCACCAGUUUUCCAGAACAAAGGGAAACACCAUGUCAGUUCCCUCAAGAAAUUGUUUCUAAUAAUGUAGAUGUAAAGGAUGCACCAUCAGAGGAGAUAGAUUUGGGAGCGUCUCCACUCCAUCCAUCAUCUGAGGAAUAUGUUCCUUAUGUUCAUCAAAGAAAAAGCAAGAGACGAAAUUUGCAUGCUGCAGAGCAAGAGAACUUUGAUAGAGUACUUAGAAAAAGAAGCAAGCGAUGACAGUAAAUGAAAUUGCCACAACAUGUGCUAAUCACUCCAUAAAGUAUAUCAGUGCAUGUAGAUAAGCAUUAGUGAUGCUUUUAAAGAAAUGUAAAUAUUGUUUUGUACAGAUUAUGUAUAUUACAGAAAAAAUACUAUAUUUUUUUCAGUUAGGAUAUCACAGAUUUGUAAUUAAACUACAGUAAAGAAAACUUUU